AUGAACAGUCUCACCUGCAACGAGUUCUCAGUUGGGGUAACCAGCCUGACGACCAAGAGACAAGGAACAAUGGAAAGGUUGGACCCAUUGACCGCUUCGUGCGUGAGCUCUCCCGUUCUCCAAACACUGCACGUUGAAGGCAGCAGCAGCUUGGCUUUGGGUUCGAGUACCUUCAAACGCGAGCUGCUAAUUUGUGAGGAACCGUUCGACAGGACCAACAUCUCGCUCUUUUCCAACCAAGUUCACAAGAGCGCGUUUGGUCCCCAGACCCCACAGGCCCCGGAGGUAGAAUGCCUUCGCAUUCCCGGCUUUGUGCUCUCGUGGAACACUCAGAGACAUCCUCCUCGAUCCUCUUCAUUCCCAGCAUUGGGCGGCACAUCCGCCGUCCUCGCGUUCCUGGCUGGCUCUGUGGCAUCCACGAGGUCUGUCCACAGUGCGCGACAUGCGAAGUCAAGGGGAAGAGAACCAUUUAGCAACAAAGUUCGUACGGUCUUCGGCCAGCUCUACGCACUCCUCUCGCUGCCCCUUGGGGGGUUUGGCAACUUCGUGCGAGUGGACCAAGGCUCCGUGGGUGUGGUUCUGCGAUUCGGGAAGUUCGACCGGAUGCUGGAUCCAGGGAGACACCAGUUCAACGUUUUCGUGGAACGCGUCAUCGUGGUGCCCCUAAAGAUCGCCUGCAUCGACGUGAAGCCGCAGAUGGUCAUGACCAAGGACAACCUCACCGUCACCAUUGAUGCCGUGUGCUUCUACCGAGUCCUGGAUGCAACGAAAGUUCUAUUUGAGGUGCAGAACUACAGACAGGCACUGUCCAACUUGGUGCAAGUUACGAUGCGGACGGUGGUGGGGGAGAACGAGCUCAGUGAGAUCUUUGCUCAGCGGCCCCGGCUGAAUGCCCGCAUCACCGAGCUGAUUGAGGCCACCACAGGGCCAUGGGGCAUCGAAGUGAGCCAGGUGGAGCUGAAGGAGGUGCAGAUCCAGCAGUCCAUGCAGCGUGCUUUGGCGGCCGUCGCCGAGGCGCAGCAGGAGGCCGAGGCCAAGCUGAUCCAGGCGCGCGCGCAGCGCGAGUCCGCGAGCAUCCUGGCGGAGGCCUCCCAGGCGAUGGGACAAGAUGCGGCCGCCCUUCAGCUGCAAUGGUUCGAGACGCUUCGGAUCAUCGCCACGCAAGGGAAGAACGCCACCAUCAUCUUGCCCGACCGCAUCGAUCCCGAGACCGCUCUCAGGGUCAGUGGCUCCACCACGUGA